AGCAGCUGCGGCUGGCAGAAACUUAGCGGAGGUCUGCGGGUGUGAUCACCGCCUCCUCGCCGAGCCCAGCCGAGCCAAGCCAAGCCGCUCCGCCCCAGGAGGAUGCGGUCGUCCUGUGUCCUGCUCGCCGCCCUCGUGGCGCUGGCCGCCUAUUACGUCUACAUCCCGCUGCCCAGCUCCGUGUCGGAUCCCUGGAAGCUGAUGCUGCUGGACGCGACUUUCCGGGGCGCACAGCAAGUGAGCAACCUGAUACACUACCUGGGGCUGAGCCACCAUCUCAUCGCGCUGAAUUUUAUCAUCGUUUCUUUCGGCAAGAAAAGCGCGUGGUCCUCCGCACGAGUGAAGGUGACUGACACAGACUUUGACGGUGUGGAAGUUCGAGUGUUUGAAGGCUCUCCAAAACCCGGCGAGCCGCUGAGACGCAGCGUCGUUUACAUCCACGGGGGAGGCUGGGCCUUGGCGAGCGCAAAAAUCAGGUAUUAUGACGAGCUGUGCACAGCGAUGGCAGAGGAACUGAAUGCUGUCAUUGUCUCCAUUGAAUAUAGGCUGGUCCCACGGGUUUAUUUUCCUGAGCAAAUUCACGAUGUGGUUCGUGCCACAAAGUACUUCCUGCAGCCAGAGGUCUUGGAGAAGUAUAAGGUUGACCCCGGCAGAGUCGGAGUUUCUGGUGACAGCGCUGGCGGGAACUUGGCCGCUGCCCUUGGACAGCAGUUCAGUCAAGAUCCCAGCCUAAGGAAUAAGCUCAAACUGCAAGCAUUAAUCUAUCCAGUCCUCCAAGCAUUAGAUUUUAAUACACCCUCUUACCAGCAGAAUGUGAACACUCCCAUCCUACCCCGCUACGUCAUGGUGAAGUACUGGGUGGACUACUUCAAAGGCAGCUAUGACUUUGUGCAGGCGAUGAUCAUGAACAAUCACACAUCCCUGGAGGUAGAAGAGGCUGCUGCCCUCAGGGCUCGUCUAAACUGGACCUCCCUGUUGCCUGCGUCCAUCACAAAGAACUACAAGCCUGUUGUGCAGACCACGGGCAAUGCCAGGAUUGUGCAGGAGAUCCCUCAGCUGCUGGACGCCCGCUCCUCCCCACUCAUUGCAGACCAGGAUGAGCUCCAGCACCUCCCAAAGACCUACAUUCUGACGUGUGAGCACGACGUCCUGAGAGACGACGGGAUCAUGUAUGCCAAGCGCCUGGAGAGUGCAGGGGUGGAGGUGACCCUCGAUCACUUUGAGGAUGGCUUCCACGGGUGCAUGAUUUUCACGAGCUGGCCUACCAACUUCUCUGUGGGCAUGCGGACUAGGAAUAGUUACAUCAAGUGGCUGGAUCAAAACCUGUGAAGGAGUAAAACCUCCCAAAGGCCCAAGCUCCUCUUGACCUCCUGCAUCUGCUUUGCAAAGACAUGGAAUUUUUAGUUGCUUAAUCCCUGCCCCCCUUGAUACCUGUGGGUCUUGGAUUCUCUAUUCUCUGCAGACUUUAUGAUAAUCUAAUUUUAAAAAAUGAAUUUGAGCAAGGGCAAAAGUAUCUGAAUUUGGUUUCCAAAGUGGGCCAUGCUCUGUGUUCUUUGUCGUAGCCAACUACCACUGAGAUCCACAGCUUCAAGAUGCAGCAGCAGGGCUGGAGAGAGCCUCAGGCCCUGCCUCCCGGAGGCGGUGGUCUUUUCAAAAGAGAAGCUAGCAGGUGUGGAUGACAGAAUGGCCUUAGAUGAGUUCCAGAAACAGGAGCUCUCCAACUUGCUAGAGCUGACAUUGGGCUCAGAGCAGUGAUAAACGUGUGCACUUUUAGCUCCAUGCCGGGGACCAAGUGCCCAUGCUUCUCUGUAGAAGGUUUUGUUUCCUAUGGGAAUUUCAGCAGUGGCUGGAAAGCAUGACGGGCUCCCGAAGGAUUUCCUUUCCCUUGAGUGUUAACUUUAUGAGAUAGCUAUCUUUAUGACCAGUUCCAUUUAAAUGAUACUUGAAAGUUAUUUUCUACUACUAUAUUAGGAAAUAGGAGGCUGCAUGCACUGGAUAUAUGUACAUUAUUAAACUUUUGUUAUUGUUUA